AUGAGGCAGCUCAAAGGAAAGACAAAGGAGUCAGCAAAGGAGCGAAAGCAGAGGAAGAAAGAGUUUCUUGAGAACAAGAAGAAUAUUCAGUUUCCUCAAGCGCACUAUUUGCCGAUGGGGACUCUCGGCUUAUUGCUAACUUCACUUGCCGUUGCGGCAAGUCGACGCAUCCGAGACGAGUACCACUGUUACGCGGAAGACGAGCACCAAUACCUGUUCUUCGGCACCAAAACGUCUUACGCUGUUAAAUUCAAAGAGUCAGCCCCCCCUUUCCAGAGCCAAGAAUGUUCACCUCCACUGAUGUUAUGGGAGUUGGUUCGUCACGGGACUCGCUAUCCGAUGUUUGAGGAGCAUCGCCCCCUCAAACAGCUCAAAAGUGUCAAAAACAGAAUUUUACGGAACCAGAAAAUUUUUAACAAUGUGGAGCUGUGUGAGGCAGAUUUGACGAACCUUGCCAACUGGACGAUCAACAUUCCAAUCUCAGAGAGCAAUCGUCUGACUCAACAAGGCAAGUUGGACAUGGAGUCCCUGGCCAAGAGACAUCUUCAGAGGUGGCCAAGUCUGUUCAAGCAGUACGACCCGGACAACUUUCUGUUUCUCAUAACGGAGUCUGACAGAACCAACCAAAGUGCCAAACAUUUCUUGAGAGCUUUGUUUCCUGAUGCAGAUAUUCCGCAGCCUGAGCCCAACAAUGCUCUUCUACGGAGCUAUAUGAACUGCAGUACCUGGAUGCUGGAUUACGCAGGCAGUCGUCCAAUCAGACAACAGCGAGACAGGUUCCACAACUCUCUACUCGUGAGUGAACUGGUCGACCGAGUCAGUCGACGACUCGGCUUUUUCUUUGACAUCCGCCCCACCCAGGUGGAUGCCAUGUAUAAAAUGUGCGCUUAUGACAAAGCAUACAAGCCACAUGAAAUAUCCGCGUGGUGUGCAGCAUUUACUGAACAGGAGCUCAAGAUCCUGGAGUAUAGAGAGGACUUGCUUUAUUAUUACAAACAUGGCCCUGGUAUGGACAUCAACAUCAAAGUAGCCUGUCCUCUGCUGCGAGAUAUGAUCCUCAGACUCAAUGCCACAGUUAAUCAGCAGAACGGGACGACCCCAGUCGUCAUCUACUUCACUCACAACGGCAUGUUUGAGAGGUUCCUGUCUCGGCUGGGUCUACUGAACAACUCGGUUCCACUGACAGCGCAGUUUGACUACAACAAUACGAGAGGCUGGCGGCUCGCCAAGUACAUCCCCUUCGCUGCUAACCUGGCCGUCACACUUCACAAUUGCACAGAUGGAUUCAAAGUGGCGAUAUACUUGAACGAGAAGCCAUUAGAGUUAGAGAACUGCACCAACGGCUUGUGUGACUGGCGCACCCUGUACGACAAGUACCACGAUAUCAUCAACUCCUCCACGUGCAACCUUAACGAUUGUUUUGUCAGCGCAGCUUCCCCACAACACACAAACACAUUCAUCAUCUUAGCUUUGCUGUUUCUUGCUCUGUGUCCAUGGAGAAUACAAUUGUAAUUUUUGUACA